AUGGAAAGGAAUGUCCGUCUUGUUGACCGUUACGACAAUGACAUGAUCUCUGAAGGAUUCGUUCUUGUCUACAUCAACGGAACCUGGGGAACCAUCUGCAACCUGGCCUGGGGUCGAGCAGACUCUGAGGUCACGUGUUUCGAACUUGGGUUCAGUGGAGCAGUGCUUAUCGACCAUAGUACAUAUAAACCGCACCCUGGCAAUAUUCUCUAUGAUGUACGAUGUGUUGGGAACGAGACGACUAUUUUAGAUUGUCCGAGUAGCGAUGUCGAUGAAGGGGGAGACUGUUGGGCUCCAGCGAAAGCCUACGCUUCUUGCACAAAUUAUACAGUUCGCUUGACAGGAGCCCACUUUCCCGGUGAAGGCAGAGUAGAGGUGUUCUACCUAGGAUCCUGGAGACCAGUUUGUAGUGACCAUUGGGAUCUCAGCGAUGGACGCGUUGCUUGCAGAGAACUUGGACUUGGUACAGCACUAGACGUCGACCAUAGUUUUAUUUCUUCUGAGGAAAUGGGAGAUUAUAUCUUGAAUGAUGUGAGAUGUAAUGGAAGUGAAUCUAGGAUAUUGGACUGUCCAGGAUCCACUUUUAUCAUUGGCAAAUGUAACUCUACCCGCAGCGCCAGAGUUCGAUGCUCAGAUGGAGUUCGUCUGGUUGAUGGCAGAAAUAGCAGCGAAGGAAGAGUGGAAUUUUUCUUUAAAUCAACCUGGGGUACUGUUUGUACUGAAUCUUGGACCUUGAAUGAUGCGCAUGUCGUAUGCAAGAGUUUAGGGUUCGCCUGUGCAUUAAAAGCUUUUACUGAGCUUGAAUUCGGCUAUGGUUCAAGCAAUGUAUAUCUUGAGGAUGCCCGUUGCACUGGGAGGGAAACAAAUAUCCUAAACUGUCCAAAUGCACAGUUUGGAGUAAGAGACACCUGCCUUUUCGCGGGUGCUGGUGUUUUAUGCUCUACUGAAGACGAACACAUCGAUCUGGUUGAUAGUUCCAACUUCUUGGAUAGUUUAGUCGUGUACUACUACAACGGCCAGCAUAGAUCUGUCUGCCGUGACUCCUGGGACAUGGCCGACGCUCACGUUGUCUGCAGAAGUCUUGAGCUGGGAUAUGCGGUAAUAAUUCCUAACUCUGACAUAUCAGAUGGCAGUGGGAAUGAAGUUACUCUUGAUUGUGUAUAUUGCUCUGGCAAUGAGUCUUCGUUCUUUGAUUGUCCUGGAGUGGGUAUUGCUUGUGAAAGUAGCUGCAAUGAUUCUCGAGAUGCCAGAGUGAUGUGCUCAGGAGGAAACGUCUGUUUAACAAGUUGGUGUAACCUUGGAAUGAAUUCGCAAGGUAUGGGAAAACGUUAA